CUGUCCCCUCCCUGGAAGGCUCAUAAUCUCCUAGCAUGUCAGCCUCCUCUCUUCAGAAGUGAUUAAGGGGCCAGGCUCCAAAGAAGAUUAAAGGAACAAUCUGUGGGGUGCACUGGGCAGGGGUAAUCUACUCCAAGUUCAACCACCCUGCACUCUAAGAAUCAGCACCCAUGGCCCUUGUGCCAGGGAGCAGCGAGGAUGGGCCUUGGCCCAGAGAUAGCCCAGGCUCCUCUCAGCAUCCAGGUAGUCCUAGGGUGACCAACCGUCUCUGGAAGGAGAGAGGAGAAAUUGGCAGAGUUGAAGGUCACCAGGAUGUCCAGGUUGUCUCUCAAAAGACCCGCAUCCCCUCCAUUGUGGUGGAAGACUCUGAGGUGAGUGAAGAAAGUGGGGAGCUCCGGUGGCCACAUGAGGAGCUGCUGCUGCUCACUGAUGAUGAGGAAGAGGAGGCCGAGGUCUUCUUCCAGGACCAAAGCGAAGACGCAGGCUGGACUUGGAGUUCACUGGACCCUAGAUCUCCCUUAAGAACCCUUAACCCAGAACUCAGCUGGGGGCAGGAACAAGUAGAGCAAGACACCUCCUGGAUUCCAGAGGACACCGAGUGUCAGGAAGCCCCCAAUCCCUGUCCUCUCUGGGACCCAGCAUCAGGCUCCCGUGUCUGCAGAAGCUGCUUUGUGGAAUAUUCCCAUUUCCUGCCUCCCAGGAGCUUUGAGGGUAAGUACCACUUUGUCUCCCUCAAACAUUUCGGCUUGGUUUAGCCUUCUACCCAUCCUUUCACAAUCUUCCCCUUUUAUAAGUGA